CUGAAGGCCAAAAGGCUAGAACGAUCAAAUUUAACGUCCGAGGAAAUUGGGGGCCUCUUUGUUUUCUCGAGAAAAUUUGGGGAGAAAGAGCGAGAAAGGGGAGAAACCCAAAACCUUCCAUACUUUAACCCUAGAAUCCACCAACGGUCGCUUGUAGCGCAGUUCCACAAUCGGAGCGAUAUUUGGAGAAGCCGUGGUUGGGAGAAAUGGGGCAGCCAUCGGUGCCACCACCUCUAACACCGCCGGCGCCACCGCUGAUGGGAGGAGGAGGUGGUGGAGGAUGCCAAGUCCGGUGCGCGGGAUGCCGCAUGAUCUUGACGGUGGGAGCGGGGCUGACGGAGUUCGUGUGCCCUACGUGCCAAUUGCCGCAGAUGUUGCCGCCAGAGCUGGUGAGCAGAACCCACCUCCCGCCGGUGCCGGCUCACGGCAUCGAUCCUACCAAGAUCCAGCUUCCCUGCGCUCACUGCAAGGCGAUACUUAAUGUUCCGCAUGGUCUCUCUAGGUUUGCAUGUCCGCAGUGUGGGAUUGACCUCGCCGUCGAUGUUUCUAAGCUCAAGCAGUUCUUCCCUCCACGCCCUCCUCCCGAGGAAGUGAAUGAGGUAGCCAUUGAAGUGGAGCGAGAAGAAGAUGAAGGUGGUAUGGUGGGAGAAACAUUUACAGACUAUCGCCCUCCCAAACUGUCUAUUGGUCCUCCUCACCCGGAUCAUGUUGUUGAGACGUCUUCUUUAUCUGCAGUGCAGCCACCGGAACCCACAUAUGAUCUCAAAAUCAAGGAUGAUUUGGAAAGUUCAAAUGCCUUGUCAUGCUUGCAAAUUGAGACAUUGGUCUAUGCUUGUCAGAGACAUCUUCAUCACCUUCAGAGUGGUGCUAGAGCAGGAUUCUUUAUUGGAGAUGGGGCUGGUGUGGGUAAAGGUCGAACAAUUGCAGGGUUAAUAUGGGAGAAUUGGCACCAUGGGAUGAGGAAAGCAUUGUGGAUUUCUGUUGGUUCAGACUUGAAGUUUGAUGCAAGAAGGGACUUGGAUGACGUGGGUGCAACAUCUGUUGAAGUGCAUGCUUUGAAUAAGCUGCCUUAUUCUAAGCUUGAUUCAAAGUCUGUGGGAGUCAGGGAGGGAGUUGUUUUCUUGACCUAUAGCAGUCUUAUAGCAUCUUCCGAAAAGGGUCGCUCUCGUCUGCAGCAACUUGUGCAGUGGUGUGGAUCAGGAUAUGAUGGACUUGUUAUAUUUGAUGAGUGCCACAAAGCUAAGAAUUUGGUACCUGAAGCUGGAGGGCAGCCAACACGAACAGGAGAGGCAGUUCUUGAACUCCAGGCCCGACUUCCUGAUGCUCGUGUCAUUUACUGCUCAGCAACUGGUGCCUCUGAACCACGCAACAUGGGUUAUAUGAUCCGGCUAGGUCUUUGGGGAGCUGGAACUUGUUUCUCUAAUUUUCGGGAGUUUCUAGGUGCUCUAGAUAAAGGGGGUGUUGGGGCACUGGAACUUGUUGCCAUGGACAUGAAAGCAAGGGGUAUGUAUGUAUGUCGUACUCUUAGCUAUAAAGGGGCAGAGUUUGAAACUGUUGAAGCACCAUUGGAAGGCCAGAUGACGGAAAUGUAUAAAAGAGCAGCAGAGUUUUGGGCAGAGUUGCGGGUGGAGUUGCUAUCAGCUAGUGCCUUUCUUACUGAUGAGAAGCCUAAUUCUAGUCAGGUGUGGCGGGUAUACUGGGCAAGCCAUCAGCGUUUCUUUAGACACAUGUGUAUGUCAGCUAAGGUGCCUGCUGCUGUAAGGCUAUCUAAGCAAGCUUUGAUGGAAAAUAAGUGUGUGGUCAUUGGCCUCCAGAGUACUGGAGAGGCAAGAACAGAGGAAGCAGUCACCAAAUAUGGUCUUGAACUUGAUGAUUUUAUCUCGGGACCUCGUGAGCUGUUGUUAAAAUUUGUGGAAGAAAAUUAUCCUUUGCCUGAAAAGCCUGAAUCACUCCCAGGAGAGGAAAGUGUAAAGGAGCUUCAAAGAAAGAGGCACUCAGCAACACCUGGUGUUUCCCUUAAAGGGAGAGUUAGAAAAGUCGCCAAAUGGAAACCUGCAAGUGAUGGUGAAAGUGAUGAAGAUUUUGAACCUGAUUCUGAACAUGAAUCUACUGAAUCUGAUGAUGAAUUUCAGAUUUGUGAGAUUUGCAAUACUGAAGAGGAACGGAAGAAAUUGCUCCAAUGUUCCUGUUGCGCCCAACUAGUCCACCCAUCAUGUUUGGUCCCACCUAUGAUUGAGUUAGUAUCUGAGGAAUGGUCAUGCCACUUGUGCAAGGAAAAAACUGAUGAAUAUCUUCAAGCAAGACAUGCCUAUGUAGCCGAACUGUUGAAGAGGUAUGAAGCAGCCAUGGAGCGUAAGUCUAAGAUUUUGGAGAUAAUUCGUUCUUUGGAUCUUCCAAACAACCCCUUGGAUGAUAUUAUUGACCAGCUUGGAGGUCCAGAUAAUGUUGCAGAAAUGACAGGGAGGCGAGGCAUGCUUGUGAGGGCCUCAACUGGAAAAGGUGUUACUUAUCAGGCACGAAACACAAAGGAGGUGACUAUGGAAAUGGUCAAUAUGAAUGAGAAGCAACUCUUCAUGGAUGGUAAAAAGUUUGUUGCUAUCAUAUCCGAAGCUGGAUCAGCUGGUGUUUCUUUGCAGGCAGAUAGAAGAGCAAUAAAUCAGAGAAGAAGGGUUCAUUUGACUCUAGAGCUUCCCUGGAGUGCUGACCGAGCAAUUCAACAGUUUGGAAGAACUCAUAGAUCAAAUCAAGCUUCUGCACCUGAAUACAGGCUACUCUUUACCAAUUUAGGUGGUGAACGCCGCUUUGCUUCUAUUGUUGCAAAGAGAUUAGAAACCUUAGGGGCCUUAACACAAGGAGAUCGCCGGGCAGGUCCAUUAUUGAGUGCUUACAACUAUGAUAGUGCCUAUGGAAAAAGGGCCCUGAUGGCGAUGUAUAGAGGAAUCAUGGAGCAGGAUUCUCUGCCAGUUGUACCUCCAGGAUGUUCAUCUGAAAAACCAGAGACAAUCCAAGAGUUUAUUAUGAAGGCAAAAGCUGCUCUAGUGUCUGUAGGAAUAGUUAGAGACUCAGUUCUAGGUAACGGGAAGGAUUCUGGAAAGUUGUCUGGCCGUAUAGUUGAUUCAGACAUGCAUGAUGUUGGACGUUUUCUCAAUCGACUCUUAGGAUUGCCACCUGAUAUCCAGAAUAGGCUCUUUGAGUUAUUCGUCAGCAUCCUUGAUCUUCUAGUUCAGAAUGCACGUACUGAAGGGCAUUUUGACUCGGGGAUUGUUGACAUGAAAGCUAAUGUUAUUGAACUACAAGGAGCACCAAAGACUGUUCAUAUUGAUCCAAUGUCUGGGGCAUCUACUGUAAUGUUUACUUUCACUAUGGAUCGUGGAAUCACAUGGGAGUCUGCAACUACUUUGCUUGAUGAGAAGCAAAAAGAUGGACUUGGUUCAGCCAGUGAUGGAUUUUAUGAAUCUAAGAGGGAAUGGUUGGGAAGACGACACUUUCUUUUAGCAUUUGAAGGUUCUGCUUCUGGAAUGUUUAAGAUGGUUCGUCCUGCGGUUGGGGAGGCACUAAGGGAAAUGCCUCUAGCAGAACUUAAAAGCAAGUACAGAAGAGUUUCUUCCUUGGAGAAGGCUCGUAUUGGUUGGGAAAAUGAAUAUGAAGUUUCAUCUAAACAGUGCAUGCAUGGCCCCAAUUGUAAGCUUGGUAACUUCUGUACGGUUGGUAGAAGGCUACAGGAAGUAAAUGUUUUGGGUGGCCUCAUUCUUCCGAUUUGGGGAACUAUUGAGAAGGCACUUUCUAAGCAGGCCCGCCAAAGCCAUAAACGCCUCCGAGUUGUGCGUAUAGAGACCACCACAGAUAACCAGCGAAUUGUAGGGCUUCUUGUCCCCAAUGCAGCGGUUGAAGCCGUCCUUCAAGAUCUAGCAUGGGUUCAAGAUCUCGAUCCUUGAGAUGGGAGGAUCCAAUUUUUUGUCUUUUUGAUUGAAGCAAAAUGACUGAUCAAACUUGUCAGUAAGUUGCCUCUAUCGUCCCUGUCAAAAGGUGCAGGGCUUUUGAAGUUCGGAAAACAGUCCGAUUGCGGGGAACUGAAGCCAGCUUCAUUUGGAAAAUGGAAAAGAAAGAAAGUCUCUGCACAUUGUAGUUACAGGGUGCAGUUUCAUAUUUAUUGAUAUGUGAUUUUUUGUCACUCCAUUUUUUGGGCUUUAUGUAUUCUGUAAAUUAUCCAGGAUAGGAAAAAGACUACAGUUUACUGGCUGCAGUCUUGGAAACUAAUUUGUAUCUUUUCACCCGGAUAUUGUAAUCCAAUUUAUAACUGAAAUGCAAUGACUUUCUGCUCAAA